CUCGUAGUCGUAUCUUCUCUCUUGGUUCUCUCUGGAUCUCGAUUCUCGAUCAUGGCUCGCGUUCUCUCGCAAAAGCUUCUACCCUUCAGGCUCGUCAACCGCCGAGGUUUUUGCUCCGGCCAUCCGGAGAAACUGUUGCUCGUCGAGGUCGACCUCAGCACCGCCGGCAAUGAGAAGUCGGGGUCGGACGUUGAGACUUUCAUAAGGCAGCAACUCGAGGAGGCGAUGCAACUCAUGCUCAUCCUCCGGGCCACCCCUGAUUGGUUGCCCUUCCGACCUGGCUUCUCCUUCUGGGUCCCGCCCCUCUCCGACCGGAGUCUGUCAAAGCUAAGGGAGUUUGCCGGAAUGGCCUCAGAUUCCAUGAUUAUGGAGGCAAAGCUCUCUUUUUUCAUCGGCCGCGGAUGGCCCUCAUCAUCCUAUUUCAUUGAUGGAGGGCCGCCUCAUCAAGUGAAUGAGAACUCUGAAAUUGGGACAACAGAAUCUGAUGACAACGAAGAAGAAGCCUAACCUGUAUUUAGCUAAGAGAAAAAUUAGAGGCCUGUCAACAUUGUACAUAUUCGAACUUCACCGGCAGCUAAUGACUUCUGUACAUACAACAGGGAACUUGCUAAACAAAGACAUUUCGUUCUAGCAUUACUCUUCUUUAGUUGUUUAGUAUAUUGUCAGAAAUUAUCUAUUUAUUGCUUCCUUUAUUACAUGGUUCUAUGUUAAUGUUUAUGCAUAUCAAAGUCUUGGAAAUAGGAAAUUCUCAGAAGGAUGAAGAACAUUGAUGAAUUCAUUAAUUCAACAAU